AUGGUAAGCUUUAAGAGAAUCCUGGAGACAUUAACAGAAAGUUAGAGAAAUGCGCUAAAAAGACAUUUGACAAAAGAAUCCUUUCAAAACAAAAACAUAAGCAGGCAAAGCCGUUUGGGUGAACAUGGGCCUUUAACUGAAUCACUGCGUAGGUUUGCACGUUGUUUUUACUGUGAAUAACGAAGGAUAGCACAUGCCCGACUAAAAAUGACCACUUUUUGCGUGAUAAUCAUCGGUUACUUUAAGGCUAUUGUUUCUCCUUUUUCAGCCUUGAAACACGUUCUAGAUGAACAUUCGCAACACGAAAGAAAAUCGAAUAAUGGCGACGAUCAUGGACAAUCAUCUACAAGCUGGCAUGUAACAGCAUAGCCCGAGGCAAUUUCACGGGAAUCAUCAAACUCCUGAUUCACUAAUUUGUAUGUGUGUGAAAAACCUUACGAACCCUUGCUGACAUGAAUAGGGAUCUUUGUGUUGGCCUGCAUCGUCUUCAGUGACCACCAGUACUUUGUUACUCGUGAAAAGUGAUUUACUUAAGGAAAGCGUGGGAAUGUUCUAAGGUUGAAUUAAAAAUAUAUCAUAAACGUGGGGCAGUCUGACAUGACAAGCCCGGCUGCUAAUGUUAUUGCGAGAGGCAAUUUCCUUUUCAGUUACUCCCGUUUGUGUGUGGGAUACAUGCAGUAGCUGUAAUCAUGACUGAGGUAAACUAAAUAAAGAGAGAGACAUUUGUAGAAAAUUUGUAGUUUACACCGUCCUCCCCGAGAAAAAAUAAACUCAUGGUUAUUUAGGGACAGAUCUUAGCGACGGAUCGGAUAAAUUAUUAUUGCUCAUUUGUGUUUCUUAUGAUCAACAACUUUCUCGGGAACUCUCAACUUGCCGGGAAUAGAAAAAAAUGUAAAGUCCUAAAGAUGUGCCGCAGCUAAGGGACGAGGUGAGAUCUUUGUUUGAUACCUCGUUUUGGUAAGGUUCUAAAAGGAAAUUUAGCAUCGGUUUCAAGAAAUGACGGGCCUGUUUAACAAUAUGGGCAAAAAAACAGAGACGUACAAACGUUAAAGGGCCAACUGCGAAAAAGAUUUCAGUUAUAGACCCUGUAAACAAAGACUUUUUAGCUUCAAGAACUUUAAUAAGGAACUAAAAAUGGCAGAAACAGCCGAAAACCGUUAUGAGUGUUACUGACACGCAAAAGUACAUCCCACGUCUCAAUUAACUAUAGCUUGAACAAUAAGCUCUACUUGUUGACUUAUAGACACGAGGAAAUCUAACUGGCUAACACUCCUUCGCAAGUCAAAACAGCGCACGCCUGAACAAUGAGAAGCGUGGGAUGUAUUAUUAGUUUUACUGAUCGUGUUUUGUGUAACACCUCUUACAAGUAAAAAAAAAACCAGUAUUCUAUUUGAUGCGCCUGUGUAUAUGAUAACUGAAGAGGUGCCUGUCCGUUAUGCCGCAGUAGUAAAGCAAAACCAAUACACAUAAAACAGACUCAUUUUUCGUUGACCACGCGAUGUUAGCGCGAGAUCUGUAGCAGGUGGCGAACGUCGUAUGGAGAUCAUGUUAAAUUAUCUAUGUCAGAUCAGUGGGUGAUUAGCUAGGGAUAAACUAACCUUAUAAAUGAUGUACCGUGUUGAUCGGUUUAACGGCUCAUUCAAACGAAGGGCACAAGGGAGAAAAUGAGAACCACCACCCCCAAUUUAAUCUACACAAAAAAAUAAUGGAGAGAAAAAAUUCCACUAUCUCAAAGGAAUUUUUCAAAAGCGGUUAUCUGAUGCCGUGGCACUUUGGGAAGUUGAACGACCUUAUUUUUCCGUUAGAAAUUUAUUUUACGACCCGGAGUAUGAUCUUAUAAACUAAUCGGAGUAACAGGCGAAUUCCUUUUUUGUCGGCAGGGAUGGAAAUAAUAUAAUUAAAGACACAAUUCGUAGUGCGGUGGAAUUCAGUUGUAAUGAAACGAAUUUCAAAUUCACUGUUUUUAUUGAAUUAUGAUGUAAACACGUGAAAAAUCCACAGUAGUUAACUCGUGAACUCUGACUCGUUGCUAUCUUGAUCUUAGGGGCAACUGUUUCCGGAAUAUUCCAGAUUAACUUCCGGUUUCGUCGAUCCACCACACCCAGCUGCCCGUGCUACGUUUCACCACGUGACCACCCACGCAUCCGUACUCGCCUUUGCGAAGAUACAAAAAUUUUAUAUUGAGAAAUAAAAAAGUUCGAUCGUUAAUUUUGCUUAAAGCUACUGCUUUAGUGGUUGCCUUUUUUGACGCCGUUGCCAUUUUCUACGAAAGCCACAAAACCUGUUCUGGAGGGAAUCCAAUACAUGCAACAAGAGCGUUUUACAUCACCAUCGCCAAAUAAAGUCACUCGUGCAGAUUAUCGACACUUGUCGACACUGUUCGGGAUUGGUUCGUAUUUGUUCGGAAAUGGUUGUCAUGGCUUUGUUGUCGUAUAAUGUUGCCCUCCCACGCGUGCAUCACGCAGGUUCUUUCUAUUAUCAUUACGAAUGUUUAACGAGCCGUAACGCCUACGAUUAUAUGCAUAAUUGUUACACCACAAAAAUCGUGCCCAAAGCUAGCGGUGGCUCAUUUAGCACUGUAUUUGCCAAGCGAGGAUACACAGCUCCGCGGUGUCAAAGCACUUUGAAAAUUAUAUACUCCUUAUCAAGCGCUGAAGCUUAGAAACUAUUAGCAGACCGCCUCAGAGGACUCGAUUUGGGAAUGUUAACAAUGGCUUAUCCACGUUUUCCCGCAUAUGAAGGUAACUAUUUUCUAAACAUUUUUUAAUAAGUCGAAGGUACAGCGCGAUAGUGUUAUGCCACUGCAGGAGAAAGAGACAUAUUUCUAGUCAGAAAAAAUAAGAACAUAUAAACUAAAACGCAUCUUGAGUGACGUGGAACAAAAUUAACUCUAUGUGUUAAGAUACAAUUUACACGGUUUAAACCGGCCCUUCUUCGCUUCAGUGAACAUUACACUUUACCUUCGUACAUAAUACCCGAACAGAAUUAGCUCAGUUUGCUGAGCAAAUAAAACUUAACAGUAGGCAGGGCAUUCCUGUAGCACCAAAGUAGUUAUUCACAACAACUUCCCAUCCUCUGUAGGCUGUGUCACUUCGGAAACGUUUGCCUUCAUAGAUCACUUGUAUAUAUAGCUUUAGCUUUGCUGAUACCACAUUUGCUUUUUUUUCGGGGAGGGGGAGGUUGACUUCUCUUUCCAAUGCACACAAUUCAAGAGUUAUAGCACGAUAAUUUCAAAGAAGUAUUUCAACAAGUUGACAAUUUAUUUGUAAAUGGGAAAACGUAGAAAAGACCGGAUAGUCGUGCGCGUAACAUUUUUCCUCCUUUUCAUGAAGACUGCUUUGAAGGUUAUGUUCAAUUGGAAAUAAUAAUAAUAAAAAAAAAGAAUUCGCCCACACAUUCCCCUUACAUUUAAUAAAAGUCGCUAAACUUCUGAAGAACGUGAAAACCUGGUCAUGUAGCCAUCUUAAUGGUUUUAGAAAAAAGAGCUUUCUUCCGGUAUUCAUCAUGAACAUACACGUUUCAGUAAAAAGGAUUUUUGCAGCCUGAGUUGUCCGAAGGUUUCGAUCAUAGUCCAACUUCAUGCGUGGGUGUAUGCAAGGUUGCUUAUGACUUCGACUUGGAGAAGACGAAAAACAUUAACAUUUCAACUUAUAAUCCUCUUCUAAACUUCAAUUUCCACAGCAAAAAAUAGGUUUUAAAAGAGUCAAGAACUAUUGGAGAAACAAAAAUUUGAAAGAUGAAAAUAUUUCUAGUUUGCAAAGAAAACAGAGGCUACCCUUGUCCCGCCUGUUUUACAUGUCCAGGGCAAGGGGUGUUAUCUCUUUUAUUUUUUCACUGCAAUAGUGUUAAUCUGUAAUUGUACUUUAUUUGCGGGUGAAGGUUUAGCAUAUUCAGCUUAGCAAUAAAACCGACUUAUGACGCUGAUAAAGUUAAAAUAAAUGCAAGUCGACUUGGCGUUUUGCGCCCACGAAUUACAUUUGCAACGCGCGCAGCUGUUUAUGAGUCAACGAAACAUAGCCGAUAAAUGGCUUAUCAGAGACUGAAAAAAUAAAUAAAUAAAGCACGAAAACUAGUUAGAUCUUGAGUGUAAAUCUCAAUAACUGUGAGCGUAAAAAAAUUGUCGGACUUAUAACGGAAAAAAACUGACCCCAAUUAUAUUGAAACAACGGGCUAAAAGUUAAAGACCUGUAGGCCUUUGCGUCAAUCCGGCUUACUGUCACGUGACAAAUUGUUUUGUUAGGUAUGGUUACGACACUAGAACCAGACGAAAAUAUAGAAAGCUGGAAUAGAGGGGCUUGGGUCAGAAUUUCACAGACUAAAAAAACUCGUGUGGGAGUACCUCUAGCAUUCACUUAUCUUUUGUUAGAAGCCACUGGUAACCAAAGCAAUAGUAUAUUAUGUUGCAAUAUAUAAGGUGGUAUGGGAACGGAGGAGCACAAUGCAUGAAAGUCAUUUAAAAUUCAAGUUACGAAGGUUCUUCAACGUCGCUAAGUGGAACUUUUAACAGGUAUGGAUACCUGUGGCUAAAAAAGAGUACAUUCUGAUAAAACGAGCUCAUCAUACAAAUCUAAGGGGGUAGUGUUUAUGCAAAAGGGCAAAUUUCAAUAAGCCUUUCGUGUACUUUCUGUUUCAAUAAUAAAUUUCUUUCUUUGUAUGCUUAGCGCUAUUUUUACCGAGUUUAAGGCUGCAUGGGCGUGAUAAGUAGUUACAUGUACCACGCGCAAAUAUGCGCUUUCAACCAAACAUUUCAACAAAUACUGCCAUUGAGAGCUUCUUUUAAGUUCUUCAAACUUUUUCAGAUAACAAAACCUCCAGACAAGAAGAUGAAAGCAUAGUAUUGCAAAACUAUAUAGCGCUCCGACGUCUUUUUGGGGCAAAAGCUAGUAGACCAUCCCGUGGGCUAAAAAACUGGCCCUAUGACAAAGAACUAUAUUAAAUUUUGUAGUGGUUCUGAUUUGUGUGGGUUGAGGCUCAUCAAUGUGCACUAUUUUACAAGAGGUAGAACACUUCAAUGACGGCCGCCAGAAGUUAUUGAAAUAAAGAUGACCGCUCAAGGGCAAAUAAUUCAAAAAAGCUUUCGUUGUUCGGCCUUAAGCCAGCACAGGCUAAUGACCGCCGGCUACUCGAACACUACUUACAGACCUCACACCCUGUUCUUCGCUGUUAUGUUAAUACAAAGUCAUAAAGGGUAUUCACAUUCGGAAAGAUCGUAGUUUAGUAGUUAAUAGGCUUGUCAGUCUGAGUAUUCUAGUAGAGGGCCACUUCCCUGGAGAUUGCAAUAAUUUUUUCUCGCUCAGACAUCUCAACACGCCUUAAAACUUACAACAGACUAAGUCAGUCAGUUUCGUUUCACAAGCCGCCAAGGCCUUACUGACUGACAACUUCUUCAGUCCUUUUCCAUAAAAUCGAGGUAACAAGAACGAGGAUAAAAGAGGAAACGAUAACUUUCACACGACUUGAGGAUCACUUAAAAGAAAAAGUGCUGCUUAACGUUGCUAUUGAGGAAAGGAUAUAGCAACUAGAUAUAGAAAGAGAAUUCAUAAUGUCACGCGAUACAUGUGCGUUUCCUUUAUUAUACAAAAUGGAAAGUUGUAUGACUUUCAGGUACACGUAUUUUGAACUCAAUUUUCCAUUCUCGGCUUCCUCUAGCCGCCCUCAUGGUUGUACUCUUCAGCACGUUUGGAGUACAGCUAGCCUGUUUCCAAAGGUUUCUUUUUUUUUUAUGCUGCAAGGCAUUGUGAAUGUCGUCCGAUCAAAAUAUGACAAUAAAUAGAGCAUGAAUUCGCAGAUAAUCGCCAUUAUUAUCAUUUGUUUGCCUACUGAAAAUAUAUGGUCAUGAGUGGCGAUCAGUUUAAUAGGAAAAUAAAACUUAAACUAAGGAAUAAAAUUGCACAGCGACAUAUACAUAAUAACUCGUAGUUUACACGUUUUUAUGCAGAAAGGAUAUCGAGAAACCACUGAUCACGCAGCGCACUAAGGCCACCGUCAAUAUGUUUAAGGAAAAAGGGCCGUGCGUACGUUAUUUAAAGAUCGGAUAAAGAUGUAGUAUCGAAUUUAAAAAACAAAUGGUUUCUUUGGUUUAUCCGUUUUUGUUUGAACGGUUUGUGGGCUGACUGGAGAAAAGAGUGUUGACCGUUGUUCCAAAUGAUCAUACUUCCUUAUUUUGCCAAAGGGUCCGGCUAAUUUUCAGUAAAAAGCGCAUCUUUUAUCACACACGAAAGUAACUUAAACACGUGCGAUUAUAAAAAAUUCCCCAACAUGGCAUGAUUUAAAAUUCAUAGGACAGUCCAUACUUGAGAGCCUUUUGUUUAAGUUUACGAAGUCUUCCGUGCUUUAAAGCACAUAUGGUACCGAGAAAAUUUUAAUUUUUAACACAAAAACCCAUUCAAGAAAGUAAAGGGUUCUUUAGCACAAUAAUAAGUUGUCACGAAGGGUAUUUUGGCAGGUGAACUCAGAUGACAUGAAAACUCUCGUUUUAACCGAGAAAGACGAUGCAACAAUAUGUACUGUUUGAAGGCCGAUUAGCGCUAACCCGUGUUUAAAUUUACCAGGGACAGGUUUCUUCUUUUAUUUUCUUUAUUCUUUUUAGAGCGCUCGAUCAUCAAAUUGUAGACAAAAAAUUAAACUUGAUUUGAUAUUUAAGCUUUCACAUCUGAAUUCCAAUUUUGCAUCCACCUUUGAACAUCGAUUGAUAACUCCGUCCCUGGUGUCUAAAAGGUCCUGCACAUAAUCGUACAGUACGUGAUUCUAGAUUGUUGACAUGGUGAAAGACUUCAGCAGGGUAGUAAAAACACAUUAGAGUAGCUAAACAAAGAGAUCAAUCCUGUUCUUUAAUAGAAGCAAUCAUUUUAAGUUUUAUUCAUCGGGUUAAAACUAAAACUUCACUCCAAAUGAUACCUUGGCUCAAUAUCGCAGAUAGUGGACAUACCACUCUUGAAAAAAAAAAUAUGAAUGAGAGCGGCCAUACUUUCGUUAACUGAGUAGCUGACAGAGGCGAAUGAAAGGAAAAUGUUUUAAUCAUACUUUUCUCCUUUCCAAUCUCAAAUAACGAACAUCUAUUUCACCCUCGGCAAUUGCCUUUUCUAAUAAAAUACAUUUUCUACGAGGGAGAAACUGGAAUUGUGCCUCUUUAUUUUUUCUGGUCCACAUAGAGGCAUAAACUUCUUUAGCAGGGCGACUCAGUAGUUAACGCUCUGUUAAUGAUCUGUAAAUUGAAUCGUAGCCAGAGAAUUGGUCACGCGACUCAAGGCAUUCUAUUAAUGAUUGUAUCGUUUUAGUUACUACUAACUCGGCUGACUAGAAAGUGAGUUCUAGUAGUUUUUCUUUUUUGGCGGCCGAGGUGUUUGAUUCGAUUUUUUGAGCUUCAAUUGAACUGACGGGAAACGUAGAGUGUCCUUCCACAAAGUUACAACUUGGAGCAACCAGUGAUCUACAUUGGUCAGGUCUGUAAUAACCGUUGUAAUUUACGUAAGUCGAGGUUGGUUAAUCGUGCUACUCCUUGGUUCACUUACUUAAAGAGCAUGAAUUAUAGCGGCGGAACGAAGACUUCAAAUAAGACAAGGUUUUAAUCAGCAACAGCAUGGCAUGUAUGCAAACGAGUCCGCUGUGUGCGACUGGGCGUCAUGUAGAGAGUUCACGUCAUUGCAACUCACAUACCUAAGUUAGUGAAAAACGUUUCACUGCUUUACAGAUCUUGGAUUGAAUCGCCGAAUUAAUAGUAUGGCGCUUCAAAUCAAGUAACAAAACUAACAGCUGUUUCACAACCUUAAUUUACUACUCCCACGGCACUGAACCGAGCCUUCAAUUGCAUGAUGAAAUCCUACAGUGUGACCACCGACCAUAUCUCAUCGACGAUACACAUACCUCUCUCCCGCCCUAGCGUUUCUAUACAAAACACACUGAAAACAAAAUGCAUUAUUUAUUUUGUUCUGAAUCAAAUAAUCAAAUACAAAGUAUCCCAAAACCGCAUGUCAGCCCACUCGCUGAGCAGGUAGGAGGCCACGUCUAGCCUUCGUUUACUGGUAGUGUUUCAGGAAUAUUGUACUACCGCGGGCAUGAUAAGGUGUUUCAAUAUUUUUUACAUUCUGCGACAAAAGCUGUAAAAUACUUGUAGGGUGGCUAGCAAACUGAGUUUUAGAGACCGAUUCACAGCACACUCUCUGCGGGACAGUAUUUUGGUAUCGCUGCUUCGGAGACGAUGUUUAUACCCUUGCAAGCUCCAGGAUACCCGGAACUGAAUAUUAUGAUUAUUUUGUAUAAUUACGUUUUCUGCACUUUAAGUCUAACAAAAGAAAAUUUACUGUUAAAGUACACAUUACCUCUGAGUAGACUAUGUAUCAAGGAGAAAUGUCUUAAUCAGUGUUAGUUAACGAUCAGAAGUUGUAUUUAGGAACACUGCCCUGGUAUCAGUCGCACACGGUGGAUAAGACUGAUAUCCUUUUUGGUCAGAGUAAAUUGAAGGGGACAUAUGUUAAAUCUGAAGCUCUUUGCAUUUUUGUUAAUUUAACUUGAAGACUUGUUUAGAGCGAAUUAACUGACAAUUUACAGAAGGCACCACUGGAUAAUCUGAUGCAUGAAAUGAUGUCAAUUAAGCAACAUUCGUAAUUUCGCUUCGUUGUUCUUUGGGGUUACUCAUUUCCCCAUGUUUCAUUUGCCUUUUCUGUGACAGAAAAAUAAAAACACUUCUUAGGGAAAGUUUCUUUUAAUUAUAAAACAAGACAAUGUAGUACAGAAGGAGUUCUAAAACGAAUGAUCCCAUUGUAGGCUUUUCAGGAUUUGAUUCCUUCCUUGGCAGUUUGUCCGCAGAGUAAAAGAGGGACCGGUAAGGCCUAAAACAAAUUUAAUGAUACCAGAGUGUCCAAUUAAUGAGUCAGUUCUCAGCAGUCGGGCUCCGCCUCCAUGCUCCUUCCUCCUUUGAAAUCAUUUACUUCUAUUACUGACGGCAUUGCAUCGCUGUAUUCAAGAUUUGAUCUGGUCAGGAUGAAUUUCUCAGUCUGAAUAGUGAAGAACUCGUGGUGCUCUGAGACUGAAAAAAUAACUAGUUAUUUUAUUCAGGCCAUUUAUUGCAACCAAGAAUUACAGGGUUACUUAGUUUGGAGCUAAGCAAUUCGAAAAGUAUUCCCUCAGGUUUUCACAGCUAACACAGAUGUAACAGCCAAUAGUUUUUAUGCAGUGCAGUUGAGUGCACAAGUUCCGUUAAGAAGAGGAAGCCAACCCACGAUCAAAGCAAGCCUAGGUCACUCUUCUCACGGGUAA